CAGUUGAAUAAGUUUAGAGUCAAUUAUAAUUGCAAUCAAUUGAUUCAACUCUAUAUGUAAUCUAAUUUGACUAUUGAUGUCAUGACUCAUACAAACAGUUAUUAUAUUUGAUAUUCAAUUCAAUGAUCACAUCUGACAUCUGAUCCAAACAAUGCCACCAAAGGAUAGAAAGAUAGGAUUAAAGAGUUCAGACCAAUCAAGUGGUCAACAACAACAACAACAACAACAACAAACAAGACGUGAUGUACCGCAAGAUUCAGAUUUUCCCACUUUAGGACUGAUAUCACAUUCAAGACAAACCGCUACAGACACUACUCAACCCAUUGGGAUGUCCGGACAUUGGGGACAAACGACACCAACGAUGACGAGUCAGCCAAUGGACAGUUCGGGUUCCCGUCAAAGCAGUACAACCAGUGAUAAAUCAAAACAAACUAAAGACACAAAAAAGACUAAAGACGAAGAUUUGGCUAAAGAAAUAAAAGAAAAGAUGACUUUAUCGCUACCAAAGCGAGAACACCAACCGUUUUCUAAGAGACCGGGAAAGCCAUUGCCUAACAAUUGGAAAUCAGUUGCUUUGUUGGCCAACCAUUUUGUCAUAAGAGUUGGCAAUAAAACUGCUUAUCAUUACGAUAUCAGUAUAGAAAAAGAGCAAAAAGUUAAUGAAAAAGACAAGAAUUUGGUCGACAAGAAUGUAGACGAGGCGGCGGCCGAACCUCUGAAGCAAAACAGGUUCGCACGGAAACUAAGUACUGCUCUAAAUAGACGUAUAUUUGAACGUAUGAUUGAAUUGUAUUCUCAAACCGCUGGACAACACUUUUAUGGUAUGCGUUGCGUAUACGACGGCCAGAAAAAUAUGUUUACUUCGCGGGAGAUCAACGCUGCGGGAGAUCCAGAACAUCCACUUCUAUUGAUUGUUAAUCUUAUAGAAGGCAACAGAGAGACUAUAUUUAAAGUGUCGAUUAAUAGGACAGAAAAAUUUGUGAUUGAUUUAAAUAUUCUGAAUGAGUAUAACAGCGGACGUCAUAGGGAUGAUGAGGCCGUCAAACGCGCCAUUUUGUUCAUUAAUAUACUUAUUAGACAUAACUCUACCAAUGAUAUGAUACCUAUUGGUCAAUCAAUUUUUGAUCCCCGAGAACCUACUAAACCAUUGAGCAAAUAUUUGGAUUUGUCUUACGGUUUUUAUAGUUCUCUUCGUAAUCUUAUGGCUGGUCCGACCUUAAACAUUGACCGCUCAGCCGCCGCUUUCUUGAAACCAGAUAUUAAAUUGAUAAUUGAAUCAAUAUUGAAGAAACCACUGAAACAAAUUCCUGGCGGAUCUAUAACUUCUACUCAAAGGAUACAAAUCAAGAAAGAGUUGAGUGGUCUUCAAGUAGAGGCCACACAUAUAAACUAUGGGUUACCACGUUCUCCACGUUAUCGCAAGUUUCGGAUUAUUGGCAUUUCUAGAUUGUCAGCAGCGGAUCAAACCUUUGAUUGGGAAGAAAAGAAAAAUCAACCAAAAGUUAAAAUUACAAUUCAAAGUUACUUUAAGAAAAAAUAUGGAAUAAAUUUGAAAUUUCCUCAUUUGCCGUGUCUUGAAGCGGGAAAUCCAAAAGAUCCAAACAGAUUGCCUAUAGAAGUCUGUCAACUAUUACCUAACCAAAGGGUUCGCCGUUCACUGACCAAUGAAGAGCGAUCUAAUAUGACUAGAAUUUCUGGUCAAAUGAAUCCCGAAAAGCGUUUCCAGUUUGUGAAGAACUGCGCGGAACAACAAUUUCAUUCAAAUGAAGAAAUUGCGAGAAAGAAUCGCAAUUUUAUGUCAGAGUUUUCAAUUGAUAUCGAAAAAAAUCUUCUCGAAGUCAACUCCAAAGUAAUACCGGCGCCGACAUUGAAAUAUAAAAACAACCGAACAGUUAUACCGCGAUCUGGUCAGUGGUCAAUGAAUAAAUUGAAUUUCUAUAACCCUAUAAAUUUAGAAGAAUGGAUUAUAAUAAACAUAUCGAUGAAUGAAAUUAAUAGUUCAGAAAUUGUUCGUUUCAGUAAUGAAUUGUGUUUUCAGGCGAAACAAAUGGGAAUGAAUUUUAAUAAUUAUAAAAGGAUUGCUAAUAUCAAUAAUUACGAUCCAAUCAACACUUUUUCGGGAAUCAAACAAAGAAUCGAAUCACAAGAAUUUAAAGACUUACAAAUGAUUCUGUUUAUAACACCGGCGAAGACAUACCAAUACAACGAUGAUAUUUAUUGUCAAAUAAAAUUGUUAGGCGAUGUCCACAAAGGGUUGACCACACAGUGUGUUACUAUCACUAGUAUUAUAGAACAAAGACAUAAAAUGAAUGGCAAUUGGAAUCAAAGUUUUUUGAUUAAUUUGAUUCUUAAGAUUAAUCCUAAAUUGGGUGGAAUUAAUGUCACUCUAACUACUAAUCAAAUGUCAUCAUUAUUUAGUCAGAGAUCAGUAAUGAUUGUGGGCGCAGAUGUCAAUCAUCCGGCGCCGGCAGAUAAGGUUUCACUAUCAAUAGCAGCAGUUGUGGGUAGUUUUGACAAUGAAUUUACAAAAUUUUAUACAACUAUAUCAAUGCAACCGAAAUCAAGAGAAGAAAUGAUUAGAAAUUUAGAUCAAAUGCUUUUGAAAUUAUUAAACAAUUAUAAGACAAAGAAUAACAACUCAUUGCCUCAAUCUAUAGUGUUCUAUAGAGAUGGUGUCAGUGAAGGACAGUUCCAACACGUGAUUGACAACGAAUACCCGCUUUUAUUGAAAGCUUUUAAGAAAAUGAAUCCGUCUUAUGAACCAAAACUGACAUUUAUUGUGGUCCAGAAACGACAUCACACGAGGUUUAUGGUUAAAGAUACUCUAAGUAAUGUUGAAGCGGGAACUAUAGUUGACAAUGGUGUCACUCAUAAAUAUGAUUAUGACUUCUACCUAUGUAGUCAUAAUGGACGUAUUGGAACCAGUCGUGCGGCUCAUUACUAUGUGUUGAUCGAUGAAAAUGGAUUUUCUACUGAAGACAUGUGUAAAAUGACUUAUUACUUGUGCCACACAUACCAGCGCUGUACUAAAUCAGUGUCUAUACCGGCACCGGUAUAUUACGCUGAUUUGGCCGCAUAUCGGGCUAAAGUACACGCUAUGGCACGACCUGAUCAAAGUGAUACCGCAUCGACUGUUAGUAAACAAGGAGGAGGUGAUGAAAAAAGGGAUGCAAUUAAUAUAUACGAGGAGUACAUUGAAGUCAAUAACUCACAAAAGCAAAAAUUAUAUUAUAUGUAACAUUAUGUCGAUUAUUAUUAUAAA